AUGUGUGGCGUCGGCUGCCGCGGCUUCUACUGUCCCUUCGCCCAUGGACGGCAUGAGCUGCGCAGUGGGGUUGAGGCUUCUUGGGGAGUAAAACAAUCCACGGUUUUGCUGCUCAGUUGGAAAGACAAGGAAUCCAGAGAGCUAGGCACUCGCCUCCAAGCGAAGGAUGCAGCGAGGCUUCCUGUGGAGGACUUGCCGCGUGCCCUGCAGCAGCUGCCAAAACUGAUGGAACUGCACCUGUCAUCCCUGCAGCUGGGUGAUCGACGCUUUGAAGAUCUUUGCAAAGUCUUCAUGCAAGGCCACCAUCGGUUGCUGGAACGGCUGUACUUGGCGCACAAUAACCUGGGAACGCCAGGAGCGUUGGCAUUGGCUCAGUCGCUGCCAAAGCUGCCAAAUCUCAAGGUGUUGAACCUACCAGAAAAUGCCAUCCGUGCGCCCGGGGCCGCAGCAUUGGCAGAGGCACUGCAAAGCACUCCGUCGUUGGAGCAGCUUGUGCUGGCGGGCAACGGCAUCGGCGUCGCUGGGGCGCAGGCCGUGGCGCAAGCGAUGCCCCAGCUGAGGCAGCUGCAGGAUCUGCAUUUGUCGCGCAACCUGCUUGGCACCCAAGGUGCUUUGGCUUUGGCACGCGCUUUGCAUAGUGGUCAUGGCCCUGCUUUGGAAUGGCUGUCGCUGAGCGAGAACUCUGUGGGAGACGUGGGUCUGCAAGCGUUGGCCGUUGGACUCCGGAGGACGCCACGUUUGGAAUGGCUAGACCUGGACGCCAACGGCUUGACGGACCUGGGCGUGAGUGCCUUAGGCCGUGCCCUAUGCAGAGCAACGCCGGAACUGACGUUGCGUGAGCUGACGCUUCAAAAGAAUGUGGGCAUUUCGGCGGAGGGGCAUAAGUGGCUGCAGGCAGCCAAAACGCAGCUGCCCGGCUUUCAAUUCUGGAUGGAUCCCAUCGCAAACGACAGCCCGAUGCAGGUUGAGACCGGGGGAAAAGCGAAACGGGAACCGGGCCGAGAAGGAGCUGCUUUGGAGAUGGGUCCCAUCUCUCAAUUCGGUGUAGAUUACCAUAGGCAGCCGCACAGCCAUCUUCACACCGGCAGCACGGCGAGCGCGGAAGUUCAAGCACAAAGCGCUGACGAUGAGGACGAGUACUUUCUCCGCUUCGAUGAUCGGUUGCGAAUCAACAAGGAGGACUGGGAGAGCUGCGUGCGCAAGCCAGGCCUCCUGCGUGGCGAGUUGUUGGAGAAGCGCGGCACCAGAAACUGCCUGGUGCGCAUGGCACCCUACUGCAGGGCACAACGUUCCGAGGCAGAACAAGUGGUUCAAGACCUACGUGAGUGGAUUCGCAAUAGCGAUGAGGGCCCCAUCGCCUUGCGCCGCUCUGUGGCGACCAUUUGUGUCUUGUGGACGCCGGAGGUGGAAGGUCGCCAAGCUCUGGAUGUGGACGGCUUCGUUAAAGGCGUGGCGAGCUGUGUGGAACUGCUGCGCUGUGUGGAGACGCAGCUCAGCAAGUUGCAUGAUGCAGGUGUGGCUCAUUGCUGUUUAUCUCCCAGCAACAUCUUCCGGUUACCUGGGUCUAGUCCCCAAAGGUUUUUUCUCGGCGACUUCGUUCAGAAGAUCCGCUUCCUCUCCCUGCUCCAUGGACAUGGCAAGGUUGAUGAUGAUUACGAGUCUUGGGCCCUAUGGCAAGCCCCCGAAGUACUGGAGAGAAUUCAGGACGACCAGUGGCAGGGAAGUUGCUGGAGUUGGUAUCCGGGAAUCAAACAUGGGAAAUCCACGGCAUGGAAAUCCACGGAAGUCCCGCAAUGGAGUUGUUCAACUCGGAGCAUCAUCUAUACAUGUUGCUAG